AUGAUGCUAGGUGUCUUUUUUGGUGAUAUGUUGGAGAUAAUAGAUAUGGCAUGUCCUAACUUUGUUUCCUUCCACAUCAAGUCGGUCAAGCUGAUUUGGCCAACGGUGGAGAUCCAAGGAGCCAAUUGGAAUCUGCCAAGUCGCUACGAGUCUCUAGAGAUUAGGAGCCACAAGUUGAAGCAAAUGGUGGGUCCAAAUUAAGGUGAAUAACGAUAGUUAUAUCAACAUCACCUGUGGUCUGUUUAUACAAGUCCAAUUUGCUUAUGAUCACCAUCAUAUUUCAUAGUUA